CUUCCCUUGUGCCGUCAUGGAAAAAUACAGCCUGACCAAUUUUUAUGUGUUCACGUGAUGACGUCGGACUUGCCCACAUGUGCACUCGUCUGAAACAAAACGCUUUCUUUAGUCUUCGGGUGCGGACUUACCUCGUCUCUCGGCAGUCACUACUACUAAAAGCCAGCAACCAGUCCAACAACCAGCCGAAGAGAAACCAGACGCUAGUCCAACUUUGAUGGGAGAUUACACCGUCAAGAAAGAUAUUUCCGAGAUGUCGCUAGCUUUCGUUGGAGCCGGGAAGAUGGCCCAGGCCAUGGCGAAGGGUUUCCUGGCGGCAGGAGUGGUAAAAGCAGAUCACAUCACAGCUACAGCGCCCUCAUGUAGAAGUCAACCCACGCUAGAGGAUAUCGGUUGUCAAUUCACACACAACAACAAGGAAGCAGUAGAGAAUAGCGACAUCAUCUUCCUAUCGGUGAAACCACACAUUCUACCAGGGGUGCUACAAGAGAUCGCUCCUGUGGUCACCAAGAGACACCUCAUGGUUUCUGUUGCAGCAGGUGUCCCACUGCAGUUCCUAGAAGAGAAACUUCCCCCGAAGAGCCGUGUGAUGAGAGUAAUGCCGAACACCCCCUGCGUGGUCCGACAGGGCGCGUCCGUCUACGUUCCCGGUAGCCACGUGGAGAAGGAAGACUCGGAGAUCAUCAAGUCGCUCCUCUCGAGUCUGGGGUACUGCAGCGAGAGUAACGAGGGGAUGAUAUCCGCUGUUACCGGUCUGGCCGGCAGUGGGCCUGCGUAUAUGAUACAGAAACGUGGGUUUUGCUCGGACACCUACAAAGAUCCUGUAUAUGUGGCCAUAGGUUUAGGUGGGAUGGGGCAGGCAUAUGCCUUCACAGCCAUCGAUGCCUUAGCGGACGGAGGGGUGAAGAUGGGGUUGCCACGGGAACUGUCCAUCAAGCUGGCGGCCCAAACAUUACUGGGAGCAUCCAAGAUGGUGCUAGAAACAGGGAAACACCCCAUGCAGUUGAAGGACGAUGUCUGCUCCCCCGGCGGGACCACGAUAUACGCCAUCCACAAGCUCGAGUCCGGCGGUUUCCGCAACUUGCUCAUCGACGCGGUGGAAGGGGCGUGCCUUCGUGCAGAAGCCAUCGCCAAGAAGGCAAAAUAAGAAACCAAAACCCUUUGGUAACACAAUAAGACAAAUGAAUAUCUUCUCUGUUCUAUGAAUAGUUGAGUAUGUCAUUCUAGGGUUUGUCGCAUAGUGUGUUCUAAUAUGUUACACCAAAGUAAGCUCACUAGAGAGUUAACUCUAUAUUCCAAGGUUCUGCAGUACCUGUGUUAUGUGCACGGUGGCGCUUUUGCACAACAGCAGUAACCCUACAUUCCAGAGUUGGUACAUGUGACAUGAGCACACUUGGUCAGACUGUUUUUGUAGAGUUUUCGUCUUACAGAAUUUAUAGUUAAAAAGAUGUUUAUAUCUAUAUGUAUAGCACUGUAUGUUAUAUAAGGGUUUGUUUUGAAACAGGAAAUUAUCUGGUUAAUGCGCUUAAUUUCUCUGAGAUGAUUUAAGAUCAAGUUCAUUAUCAAAUUAUGUGACGCUUUGCAUCAUAAAUAUCUGUUGAUGAAGCCUAAAAUAUGGUAUGUUUUCAUACCACAUUUGGCACAUGCCACAAAAGUUUUAGUGGCAGACAUACUGACAGGGAUGUUAACUUGUCCCAAUUCAUUUCAACUACUUAACAUAUUCUGUGAUGGAAUUUUCGAUACUUAUCAUAUAUGAUUUGUGAAAAAAAAAAUUAGAUGUUCCUGCCAAAAUUAUCGAUGGAAAAUCUGUGACCAAAACAUCCCUGUUGUUUUUUGUCAUGAGUUUUUGUGGAACUUAGCUUGGUAAGGAAUUAUGAAGAAAUUUUCUCGCCAGUCCACACAUUUGUUGAAAAGGAUUGGAUGAGGUCUGUGGUGUUGGAUGUUAUAAGGAUUUAAGAAUGUAUCUGUUUGAUAUGUUUAAGCAGAAAAGGGGAAGGUGUUAAGUUUGGGAGUUAAGUAGGGUAACCCUGUUCUUUGUCUGGAAAAUUUGCGGAACUAGAAAGGAAUAAGGCAGCAUUCAGAAGUUUUAACUCAGAAAAGUGUCAAAAUCUUUUGGGCUUUGAGUUGCGGUUUUCAUUUACCAAAAUAAACACGCUAAAGCAAGUAGCUGUAUAACUUAUGACCAACUGGACCUAAGACCAAAGAAACAUUUGAAGAUAUUACGCUAAAAAAAAAGUAGUUAACUGAAUUUUGUCUACAUUUCUUUUUACAUUUGCAUUAUACCAAAACUAGCAAAAGCCCAUUGUCAAGAUGCCUCUUAAGUACAUUGUCCAAAAAUAGAACCUGAACAUAGUCAAAAGUUUUGUACCGCAAUUUCACUGUUCUGACAUUAGUGAAUGUUGCCAAAUCCAGACUUGACAACCCUACCUAAUUUUACUAUUUUAGACCAUAUUGUAUUGUUUGGGGAAGGGACUUGUACAUUUUUGAAAAA